UUUUCACCCUACUUCUAUUAGAUCCACACAUAAGUGUUCCAUUGUGUGAAGCAGAUGAAGAUUGGAAGUUGAAAAAUGGAAUCUAUGGAUGUUAUUGCAAGGAAAAGUAUGAAGUCUCUGCUGUUGCCGACGUAAGACCUAAGCUGACCUGCGGAGUCUAUGAAAUGAAAGCCACAUUUCAGAAAUGUCAACUGAAAAGUCUGAAGCUCAAUGCCAGUAGUAUUACUCUGAAGGACAGCAGCUGCUUUGGAUUACACCAUGAGCCCGUCAUGAACACGUUUUCCAUAAUUUCUCCACUUAAAGCAGGAGAAUGCGGACUUCAAAUAACUAAAAAUUCAACACACGCAAUGUAUGAAAACACUCUGGAUUUUAUAAUAAAAUCAGUUGGGGUAAUCGAGAGGCGUGAGGAGCUGAUCUUAAAAAUAUCUUGUGCAUACCCACUCGACAUGCUGACCAGUCUGUAUACAGUUGUGAAUCCAUUUUUUAGUUCCACAAAUAUCUAUAUUGACGGAGUUGGAGAAUUCAAGGCAUACAUGGCUCUCUAUAUAGACAGCACCUAUGUGAUUCCAUAUCAAGGCUCAAAUGUCUCGCUGUCAACUAGUGAUUUUCUGUACGCUGGUGUUUUCGUUCUGGGAGGAGAUGAUUCUCGGUUUCUCUUGGUUAUGAACAGCUGCUAUGCAACGCCAACAGAAAGCCCUGAUGAUUCAUUGAGAUAUUACCUCAUCAUAGACAGCUGCCCUAACAAAGAAGAUGCGACCAUCCAUAUACUAGAAAAUGGGGUUUCAAGGAAAGGUCGAUUCUCUGUCCAAGUCUUUAAAUUUCCUGGCAACUACAACAAUGUCUACCUGCACUGCGCUAUAAGUCUGUGUGACAAAGCCGAUGGAUCAUGCGAACCUUCAUGUUCUAGAGCGAGGGACCAAAAAGCAGCAUCUGGCCAAAGCUAUCAGAUGACACUUGGUCCAAUAAUUAGUGGAGAUAUACCUAUUCCAACUGUUGAUCCACACACGACAAGUGUUCCAUUAUGUGAAGCAGAUGAAGAAUGGAAGCUUAAAGAUGACAUCUAUGGAUGUUACUGCAAGGAAAAAUAUGAAGUCUCUGCUGUUGCGGACAUAAAACCUGAGCUGACCUGUGGAGUCUAUGAAAUGAAAGCCACAUUUCAGAAAUGUCAACUGAAAAGUCUGAACCUCAAUGCCAGUAGUAUUACUCUGAAGAACAGCAGCUGCUUUGGAUUACACCAUGAACCCAUCAUGAACACAUUUUCCAUAAUCUCUCCACUUCAAGCAGGAGAAUGCGGACUUCAAAUAACUAAAAAUUCAACCCACGCAAUGUAUGAAAACACUCUGGAUUUUAUAAUAGAAUCUGUUGGGGUAAUUGAGAGGCGUGAGGAGCUGAUUUUAAAAAUAUCUUGUGCAUACCCACUCGACAUGCUGACCAGUCUGUAUACAGUUGUGAAUCCAUUUUUUAGUUCCACAAAUAUCUAUAUUGACGGAGUUGGAGAAUUCAAGGCAUACAUGGCUCUCUAUAUAGACAGCAACUAUGUGAUUCCAUAUCAAGGCUCAAAUGUCUCGCUGUCAACUAGUGAUUUUCUGUACGCUGGUGUUUUCGUUCUGGGAGGAGAUGAUUCUCGGUUUCUCUUGGUUAUGAGAAAUUGCUAUGCAACGCCAACCGAAAGCCCUGAUGAUUCAGUGAGAUAUUACCUCAUCAUAGACAGCUGCCCUAACAAAGAAGAUCCGACCAUCCAUAUACUAGAAAAUGGGGUUUCAAGGAAAGGUCGAUUCUCUGUCCAAGUUUUUAAAUUUGUUGGAAACUACAACAAAGUCUACCUGCACUGCGCAAUAAGUCUGUGUGACAAAGCCGAGGGAUCAUGUGAACCUUCAUGUUCUGAAGCGAGGUCCCAAAAAGCAGCAUCUGACCAAAGCUAUCAGAUGACACUUGGCCCGAUAAUUCGUGGAGAUACACCUACUCCAACUGUUGUGUCACCUUCUACAACUUCUGGCUCUAUUGGCACACGUCCUACCUGUGCUCUUCUCGGACUUGUUCUCUUUCUGCUCGCAAAAAUGCAAUUAUUUUAAUAUCCCAGCACAACAAUGGCUUUGCAUGAUAGGCAUUACAUUGAUAUAAUCUCUUUUGUCCUACAGUAUAUAAAAUAGAAUAUUUGGUAUAUUUCUGCGAUACACAUUAUUGGUCUUGGAACGGAUGUGUAUAACAUUUAUUAUCACAGGCUACAUUGCUAGUGGGAGGGAAGUAUCUUAUCACCAGUGUUCUGUGUAAGCUGGGAAAUCCAGAAAUUGGUAAAAGAUCAAUUAAAUAAAGAAUCACACUGAAGGUCCUUCACAAUAUUUGCCUAGUAUGUUAUUUUUAACACCAUCAUUUUCAGAUCACUCACCUGGGUGCCGAGAGGAAGGGGGAGUUGAUACUAAUUAGCUAGGCCUGGGCUGCUGGAAGGGCCCAGCUGGAGCACAGGUCCACUCCCCAUCCACCGAGUAUACGUACACUUAUGGCCGGCGCCAUCUUCCAAGUGAUUUCUUCGGGAAGAUGGCUGCUUUACAUUGAAAGCAAAAACUCUAGCACUGUGCCAAAGUCAUUGCCCUUUUACCAUCCCCGUCAUUGCCAUUGAAAGCGGGUACCCCCUCCUCCGUGCCCCCCCUUCCCUGGGUUAGAAUGGUGCCCCCUGUGGAGCGUGCAAUCCUGCAUUUUUUUAUGUUUUUGAAUGAAAUUAUUUAGGGGCACUGACACGCCCACUUUUUAGCCCAUGCCCCAUUCUAUUACCAGGGCCCAGCAUGGCUCUCUAUGCCCCUGCACCUGGGAAUAGCAUACGUGCCUAAUUUUCCAGACUGUCCAGACACCAGAAUUUUUGUAUCUUCCCCAGGACUCCCAGUAGCAUAUCCCCCCUGGAUCCAGUGAAGUGGGCGGGAUGGAGAUGUGAUGAUUCAAUUUGCGGUGAAUCAUGUCACUAAGCCCUGCUGCCUGGUGCAGAAUCAUUCCAUUUUGCUGCCGGGUCAUGAUGAUGUAAGUCGCGUCAUCAUGCCCUCCACACCCAUACCCUGGUCCUCCUCUUCCAAGAUCUCCUGGAGGAGAUCCUCAAAAUGAACUAUGUAUGGGGAAUAGAUCCUUUAAUGCCUACUUUAUUCUAACAUUGUACAUUAGAGAUUAACACUCCUUAAUUUAUAUUACGCGUUCUAUGUAUCUCUAUUUUAAAACCCCUCAGUUGGAGUACAGGUUAUUCAUACCACUGAAUAUUCUUCAUACAGUACUGCAAGACUUACUGCUACAGCUUUUAGGCCACCUGAAGCUAUUGUUUUGUUUGCUUACCAUUGAGUUAAAGAAGUUGUGCACUUGGUUAUAAAUAGUGGAUCAGCCUAUAGGAACCCAAAAAUUGCCUGGAUUGGAGAGCCUGAUUGUAUAAAGAACUCAGUCCAACUAUAGUGGCUCAACAUAGUAGUAUUUUUAAAAUGAUCAUUGUAUCUUUACAU